ACUGCUGUGCUGCUCCGUUUUCACAGUCCGCACUAUAUCUCUUCCAAGACGAAACACUGUUUUUCUUGCAGGAAUUGCAGUAAACGUUGACAGAAUUGAAGUAUAGAAUUAAAUUAUCAAUUAGUAAUUUUCAUCUACUUAAACAUAUAGCUUUGGAGUGCAAGAAUUUGUGAACAAUGUCUUCUUCGAUUUGGUCGUUCAUUCAAAGUUUUGUUCCGACUGUAAAGGCUGAAGACGAAGAUGAGGGCGAACUCGUCGAUCCCCAAAAGAUACUCCGAGAAAAAUGCAAGGAGACAAAGAAAUGUCAGGAUUUAGAAAACAAACUUAAUACUUGCAAUGAUCGAGUCAAUUCAAGAAGUCAAACAACGGAAACUUGUGUGGAAGAGGUUAUCGACUUCAUGAGCUGCAUAGAUCACUGCGCUGCUAAGACUCUAUUUCAUCACCUCAAAUAAACUUAACAUGCUUAUUAAAAUGCAAAAAACUCACUGAUAAAUUAUAGUCUUCAUUAUAUUAUGUUCAUUGUACAUAGGAAAACAAAAUACUAAAAUUUUUCUGUAUAAUUAAAACUGUAGCUGAACAAUAUUAUUAUUUGAUCUUAAACAAUAAAAUUGGAAAAUAAAGCAAAAUAAU